AUGCACAUGAAGCUGCUCUUACAUGCGCCGAGGAGGUAUCCACGCGGGAAAUCGCCACAUUCGCCAAGGCUGUGGCAGAAGAACGUGCAGCAGACAGGCGAAGCAUCGCGCAGCUUCAAGGCGAGACUGCACGCCUUGACACUUUUUGUGCUGGCUUCGCCGGGGCACGAAACAAGACAGGUCGAAUGGCAUCUUCCUGAAGAAGCCAUCCAGCAGAUAGGAAAGGUCCAGGCUGGCGAACUCGACCAGUUGCCAUGGGAGGCCAGCUUCUUCUCGCCACCUUUUGAGGCAGCAGGGGCCCAUGGAAUGCAGUUGGAGCUCCGGAUUCACUUCGAGGAAGCAGAUUCUUUGAGGAAUUAUUGUGCCUUGUACGUCUGGGCCUGCGAUGGCUUGCAGCUGGUCUUUCGCUUGCUCUUCGGCACAGAGUCUCUUGUCCUCCGGCACGACUUUGAUGGGAAAUCGCCUUGCGGCCUCAAGCGCCAGGGUUCCUUGCUCCGAUCCCUGCGACUGGGAAUCGAGCUCUACAAGUCCUCCUUUGAGAGCUCGGCAACUGGCACCAGUGAUGUCUCAAGUCAGAUGUCCCGACAGCUGGCUGAGCGUUGCGAAUCGCGUGGCCCUGUUUGCGGUGAGCUUGCGGUGCAGUUCUCCAUGAACGUGCACCAUCGUCUCGAGCCAAUGUCACCUUCGCUUGGACCAGCCACGGCGCAGCCCCGCCGGAAGGCGGAUAUCGUGCAAUCUGGCAGCGUUCACCGUGUGCACUGGAGCUUUGAGAGCGGAUCCCUGCUCUCAAGCAGCCUUGCACCGGGGGAGGCAGUGCGAAGCACUGUCCAGGCAGCUGGCAUCAAAGAUUUGCAGCUGAUCUUCUAUCCACUGGGCUCUGAAGGUGCGGAAUGCGGCUAUUGCUCGCUCUUCCUCAGCCUGCCAAGCAUCUGUCCAAUGCGCUGCUGGCUUUGUGCAGGGACAACUCGACGAGAGGUUUUGCCAGACCCCGUGGAGCCAGAGAUGCUUGGGUGCGUGAACUUGGCGAAGCUCGAGAAAUUGAUGGAUCCGGUCGACGAGACUGUGGAGCUCAUCCUGGAGAUCCAGAAGGGGACCCCUUCUGCCCCAAACUCCAUGAGCGGGCAGCAAAGCCAUGGCGCAUCCGGCACAGCUUCCCAGGAGAGGCGUGCAGAGCUUCCUGCGCUGUCACGAACGAAGCUCUACCACCGCGGCUUAUGCAGCCUGCGCGGCACAACUGAAGUGCCAUUCCAGCCAUUGCUUGGACGACGCAGCCCACCUUCCUCACCCAAAGAAUGCCAUCUACCAAGAGAUUCGGGGUGCAAUCGGCAACCCGGCUAA